AUGCCUAUCAUCGACGCGCGCGACAUCCUGUCGUUUCAAGGCGGUGACAACGCCACGGACACGGUCAUUGGUGGCAUCCACUUCAACUUAACCACGCUCGACCAUUUCAAUUACACGCUGUACAGCAAUGGCACCCUCUCCAACCGCUCCAAGUGCUUCCUGACGUUUGAGCCACACACGCCGAAGCUCCUUUAUCAGAACGGCACCUUCAUCAAUACUACUUCGUGCUACAGUCCUGUCAACGAAAUCGGUACUCGCUCCAAGAUUGGCAUCGCUUUUGCCUGUAUGUUUGGUGUCCUGCUUGUCUUGAACUUGGUCUGCGUCAGCAAGCAUGGAAGCAUGUUUCUGCCUGCCGAAAAGCGUUUCUGGCCCAUUGGCCGACGCUGGCAGUGGUACUGGGGCUGCCUCACGUGCGCCAUGGCUCUCGUGUCGCUUUUCACAAACGUCGACGUCGACCGUUACUACCUCACCGAGCUACCCAUCGUCCUGACCUCAUUCUUCUGGUACCUGCUUGAGAUGUGCACCAUGGGUGUCGUCUGGGAAGCUCUUCGUCACUGGGGCAGCUGGAUGGAACGCCAGUACAUCGAUCCCAACCCGUUUGUUCUUCCUGAGAGCGAAUGGCGCUACAACUUUGAGUUGCUCAUCCCCAUUGUUUUUUACUUUUUUGUGUGGAUGAACUUCUUCAUGGUUGUGCCGCGCAGUUGGGGUCAUAUCGAGCUGCAGCGCUCGCCGGAACAGACGGCGCAGUACGCCAGCCCCGAUGCGACCGACGCUCGCUUCAAGGUCGGCUCAUUCUUCUUGGUGGCGGCUUGGUGUGUCAUGAUCGUUUCUCUCCGCCACUCCAUCCGGAACUACAUGCCCCGCAACCGUGGCUUCUUCAACCAGGCUGCCGGCGUCAUUUCCUCCACCCCGUUGCGCUUUCUGCUUCUGCUACCCCUCUGUCUCGGCAUGAUUGCAUACCAGAUCUUGUGCUCCUUCAAGUUCGAGUACUCGGUCCUGAACGCGAAGGGCAAUCAUGUGGCCAUCUACGUUGGCGGAUACUUGCCGACUCUGCUCAUCCUUAUCAUUCAAGUUUUGUAUGGAUGGAUAUCACCGAAUGAGGACCGCGAGCUGAUCCGUCAGAGACGUGUUCGUGGCCAAGAGAUGGACCGCGAGCUAGGCCUGGUCCACAAGCCGGCCUGGUGGCGCCCUGCCAACUUCAACGAGAGCAUGCGCGACCGCAUUGCUCGCAAUGUGGGUGAGAUUGGCGGCAAUCGCAAGCUCCUAAACGAGAAUGCACAGAAUGCCGGUGGGGUUGAAUUGGACCCGUUCUCUGACCGCCCUCGCCGCGGCUCUCUGACGUCCAUCCGCACCUCUGCAUCUGGGGCUCCGUCAUUUUCCGCUUAUGGCGGCAAGUCUGACCGCCGCAGGCACGAGCGCACCAUGCAAGUAGUAGCCAGCAUGCUGUUCCCCAGCGCCGAACCUGCCAUUGACCGGCGUGCGGAGCUGAUGAUGGAUGGCCCGCCGCCUCCGUAUCCCGAUGGUUCGCGUGCUGGCCGAUCGUCUAAUCUCACCCGCAGCAACAGCACAAACACGAUGAACUCGGUCUCGGCUGAGCCGCAGAAGGUGCGCAGCAUGCUGGAUCUUUAA